AUGGAUCUAACUCGCAACAAAUUUUCUGGUCAGAUCUCAAGCAUUUGGAAAUGGAGGUCACAAAUAGAGGCCAUACGUGUUGCAGGAAACAAUAUUACUGGCGUGAUACCACCUGAGAUUGGAAACUUUAAGCAACCACGUGAACUUGAUCUUUCUUCAAAUCAUAUAUCUGGGAAGAUUCCGAAUGAACUGGGAGAGUCAACGUCUCUGCUGGAGCUAGCUUUGAAUCAAAAUCAACUUUCUGGAGCUAUACCUUCAGAACUUGGAUCUCUGAUCAAUCUUGAGUACAUGGACUUGUCCACAAACAGAUUGAGCGAGCCAAUUCCAGAAGAUACUGGUGACUUGGUGAAACUACACUACUUGAAUUUGAGCCACAACAAGUUGAACAAAGCAAUUCCAAAGCAGCUGGGUGAGUUGGUUCACCUCUCGCAGCUAGAUUUGGCUCAUAACUUGCUGAAAGGAAAUUUUCCUAUAGAAUUCGCGAAACUUGAGAGCUUGGAGGAACUGAUUAUCUCUCAUAAUAAUCUCUCUGGUCCAAUUCCCAAUAGCAAAGCUUUUCAACAUGCUUCUAUAGAAACUCUGCGUGGUAACAAAGGAUUGUGCGGCAAUUUUAGUGGCUUGGACCCUUGCUCGGGGCAAAAACAAGUCUCGAAGAAGGGCACUAAAAUUAUGCUUAUAAUUUUACUCCCUGUUUCAGUAACAGGUGCUCUUUUACGUAUGUUGGUUGUUCUGUUCUUCAGGUUCCAAGCAAGGAAGAGAGGUUCAAAGAGAGAAGUUGAAAUGAAUAGUGAAGGGUUGCUUGCCACAUCAAUUUUUGAUGGAAAAACAUUGUACAAGGAAAUCAUACAAGCAACCAAGAAUUUUCAUGAUAUGCACUGCAUUGGAGAGGGUGGAUUUGGAAAGGUCUAUAAAGCUGAGUUGCCAUCAGGAAAUACUUUAGCUGUGAAGAAAUUCCAUUCACUGAAUCAAGGUGAGACAGCAGAUCAGAAAGAGUUUCUGAAUGAGAUAAGAGCAUUAACAGAGAUAAGACAUCGAAAUAUCGUGAAGUUCUACGACUUUUGCUCGCAUCUAAGACACUCGUUUUUGGUCUAUGAGUACCUGCAGAUGGGCAAUCUGGACAAUGUGCUAAGUAAUGAUGAAGCCGCAAGAGAAUUGGAUUGGAAUAAAAGGUUGAAUGUCAUAAAAGGUGUGGCAAAUGCCUUGUCAUACAUGCACCAUGAAUGCUUGCCACCAAUUAUUCACAGAGACAUAUCAAGCAAGAAUGUUCUGUUGGAUUCAGAAUUUGAAGCUCAAGUUUCAGACUUCGGCAUAGCCAAGCUUCUGAACCUAGACUCUUCCAAUCAGUCUAUGCUAGCAGGCACAUAUGGAUAUAUAGCACCAGAGCUUGCCUACACAAUGAAGGUGACUGAAAAAUGCAAUGUCUAUAGCUUUGGAGUGUUGGCGUUGGAAAUCAUCAAUAGAAAGCAUCCAAGUGAUUUAAUCUCUAGAAUUUCAUCACAAUCUGCAGACACUGAGGUAGAGAUGAACAAUAUGUUGGACCAAAGGUUAUCUCCUCCGACAGAUGAAGUUGAAGACAAAUUGGCGUUCACCGUGACUCUGGCAUUCUCAUGCAUACGUAUGAACCCACAGUCCCGACCGGCUAUGCAGUUUGUUUCUCAGCUCUUGUCAAAUUAA